AUGGACAUUUUUCAGAACAGGUCAGACAAUGCAUUCAAUUUAAUGGCUGUUAACAUUCUUCUAAUUUUCAGUGGUGGAGACUUCUCAAAUCAAAAUGGGACAGGCGGAGAAAGUAUUUAUGGUGAAAAAUUUGAAGAUGAAAAUUUCUAUUAUAAGCAUGACCAGGAAGGUUUAUUGAGCAUGGCAAACGCAGGCUGCAAUACAAAUGGUUCUCAGUUCUUUAUCACAACAGUUCCGACUCCUCAUUUGGAUGGGAAACAUGUGGUAUUUGGUCAAGUAAUUAAAGGAAUGGGUGUGGCAAGGAUACUGGAAAAUGUAGAAGUGAAAGGUGAAAAACCUGCCAAAUUGUGCGUUAUUGCAGAAUGCGGAGAAUUGAAGGAAGGGGAUGAUUGGGGCAUAUUCCCAAAAGAUGGCUCUGGUGACAGUCAUCCAGAUUUCCCUGAGGAUGCAGAUAUAGAUUUAAAAGAUGUAGAUAAAAUUUUACUAAUAACAGAAGACUUAAAAAAUAUUGGAAAUACUUUUUUCAAAUCCCAGAAUUGGGAGAUGGCCAUUAAAAAAUAUACAAAAGUUUUAAGAUACGUGGAAGGUUCAAAGGCUGUUAUUGAGAAAGCAGACAGAUUGAAGCUGCAACCUAUAGCUUUAAGCUGCGUGCUGAAUAUUGGUGCUUGUAAACUGAAGAUGUCAAAUUGGCAGGGAGCAAUUGACAGUUGUUUGGAGGCUCUUGAAAUAGACCCAUCAAAUACGAAAGCAUUGUACCGUAGAGCCCAAGGAUGGCAAGGAUUAAAAGAAUACGAUCAAGCUUUGGCUGAUCUUAAGAAAGCUCAGGAGAUAGCACCAGAAGAUAAAGCUAUCCAGGCAGAAUUGCUGAAAGUCAAACAAAAGAUAAAGGCACAGAAAGAUAAAGAGAAGGCAGCAUAUGCAAAAAUGUUUGCCUAAUAAGGAAUUCAGUUUUACUUACAUAUGCAUUGAUUGUAUAAAGGCAAUAAGAAAAUUUAAAGGUUUCUGUCUGUUAUAGAUGAUCCCUGAUGUGUUUCCUUUGAUACUUCAGUUUCUCAUUGUUUACAGUUUAGGAAUACUGAAAAGGGUUCACUCUUAAUAAAACGGUGUUACAAAAAAAAAAAAAAAAAAAAAAAAAA